AUGGGAAUGACGGGCUUUUCCGAAAUGAUUACGGUCCGCACCAAAUGGAUCGACGAUGGUAUUUUGAGUAGUGAAGACUGCCGGCAAUGGAUCCUUUUGGGAGCCGGCUAUGAUACAAGAGGAUUUCGAUUGGACUUGCCAUCAGAUGGUCUCGUUUUGGAAGUGGAUCAACCACAAGUCCAACAACAGAAACGCAACAAACUGGAAUGGCUGAGCCACCAUCACAAGAACCCAACGGAGCAGGAUGCUAUAGUGGAUCGCUAUGACCCCAAGUCCAAUUCGUCCCUGUGGAUUUCAAUAACGAUUUUCUGGACGACAAACUGA